AUGGAAACAAAAGAACCUGACCACGCCAGAACUGAGAAUAAACGUAUCACUGAGAGUACUGGAAAAGACAUCACCGAGACUGGAGCCAAGAUCGGACAUGACCUCAAGUUUCACACAAACCCUGAGUAUCUCGAGCAGAGAGAGAAGAUAUGGGAUGAACUCAUGGAGCAACAAAACAAAAAGUUGCAAGAGUUUCCAAGAGAAGAAAUUAAGGUUACUCUUCCGAGUGGAGAUGUUAAAGAAGGAACUAGUUUCGAGACUUCUCCAAUGGACAUCGCCAAGUCCAUCAGCAAUUCUCUCGCCAACAGCAUCGUAGUUGCCAGCGUUAAGUACAAGAAUAGAGUUGGAACUUUGGAUUCGGCACUCUCAAAAGUUGAAGAAGUUGACUACCAAAGCGGAGAAGAAGGUUGGAUACUCUGGGACCUUACCAGAGCAUUAGAAGGAGAUUGCGAGCUCAAGCUCCAUACUUUUGACGACAAAGAAGGAAAGACUGUUUUCUGGCACUCAUCCGCUCAUGUCUUAGGAGAAUGCAUGGAAGUCGACUUUGGAGUGCAUCUCUGAUAUGGGCCACCAACUCAAGACGGAUUUUACUAUGACUCUCAUGCUGGAGAUGAAAAGUUUACUCAGGAUCAUUACAAAUCUAUUGAAGCAAGAGCAAAGAAAAUCACCUCAGGUAAACAGAAGUUUGAAAGACUUUGGCUCAGCAAAGAAGAUGCUUUGAGGCUGUUUGCUUACAAUCCUUUCAAAGUCCAACUCAUCACUAAUAAAGUUCCUGAUGGUGGAUAUGCUACAGCUUACAGAAAUGGGCCUCUUAUUGACUUGUGUACUGGGCCUCAUCUUCCAACUACAUCAAGAAUCAAGGCUUUCAAAGUGAUGAAGAACUCUUCUGCUUAUUGGCUCGGAGACAAAAACAACGAUUCUCUUCAGAGAGUUUACGGAAUCUCUUUCCCGAACAAGAAAGACUUGACAGAUUAUAUCCACUUCAAAGAAGAAGCUGAGAGAAGAGACCAUAGACACGUUGGUAAAGUCCAGAAGCUAUUCUAUCACCACCCUUACUCUCCUGGAUGUUUCUUCUUCACAAAGGAUGGAACCAUCAUCUACAACAGGCUCAUGGAAAUGAUGAGGCAUCAGUACUCGUUCAGAGGAUACGAUGAAGUCAUGUCUCCGAACAUUUACAAUCUCAGACUCUGGAAAAUUUCUGGCCACUACCAGAACUAUAAAGACAACAUGUUCAUGUUUGCUGGAGACGGAUGCGGAAUGGGAGUCAAGCCAAUGAAUUGUCCUGGUCACUUCUUGCUUUACAAGUCUGAGAUCAGGUCGUACAGAGAUCUCCCUCUAAGAUUUGCUGACUUCGGAGUUCUCCAUAGAAACGAACUGGCAGGAGCUCUCGGAGGUCUGACCAGAGUCAGAAGAUUCCAACAAGAUGAUGCUCACAUUUUCUGUACGAAAGAGCAGAUCCACUCUGAAAUCAUCAACGCUUUGGACUUCCUCAACCAUAUUUACAGCCUGUUUGGUUUUGAGUACGAACUCCACUUGUCAACCAAGCCAGACAAGUACUUGGGAGAUGACGAUUUAUGGGAAGAAGCCGAGAACGGACUUAAAAAGGCUCUCGACGAGUUCGGCAAGCCAUGGAAGGAAAACCCUAAAGACGGAGCUUUCUACGGACCAAAGAUUGACAUCACUCUUUUCGAUGCCAUGAAAAGACCUCAUCAGUGUGGAACCAUUCAGUUAGAUUUUCAAGCUCCAAUCAGGUUCAACUUAUCAUACAAAUCUGACCAUGACAACAUCGCUGAAGAGCCUCACUCCGGCUUGUCUAAACACAGCGACACUGACACUACUGUGAAGAAGUACUAUGACUUCCCACCAGACGAAUUCGACCCAGAGGUGUUCAGGUGGGAAGAGCACGAGUGCAAGCACGGAUACAAAAGACCAGUCGUCAUCCACAGGGCAAUCUUGGGUUCUCUAGAAAGAUUCUUCAGUAUUUUGAUCGAGCACAUUGACGGAAAGUGGCCAUUCUGGCUCUCAUCUAAGCAAGCAAUUGUUCUUCCAGUCUCCGAAAAAUUCAAUGACUACGCACACAAGGUUGACCUUGCUUUGAAGCGUGAAAAAUUCCAUUCAGCCGUUGACGACUCAAGCAUGACAGUCAACAAGAGAAUCAGAAAUGCCCAGCUUGCCAAAUGGAAUUACAUGCUCAUUGUCGGACAAGACGAAGAGGAUCUCGGAAUGGUCAACGUCAGAACUAGAGAGGGAGAAAUUAUUGGACUUAAAAGAGUUGACGAAGUCAUCAAAAUGCUCCAACAAAACAAGCCUACAGUAGCUGAUAAGGAGGAAAGUCUCUAUGAGAACAUUUGGAGGCCAGAAGACUAUCCAUUUGACGAAGAAAAAUACCAAGAAGUGCUUAAGAAAGAAGCUGAAAAUGCUGAAGCUUAUAAAAAGAAGCUUGAAGAAAAGAAAAAAUUGCAAGAAGAAAAAGCAAAAGCAAAAGCUGAAAAAGGAAAAGGAAAAGAGAAAAAAGUAGAAACUAAGCCAGAAGAUACCAAGCCAGAGGAAGAAGUGAAAUUAGAUUCUGCUGAAUAA